AUGUUCCUUGAACUCCUGUCUUGUAUCGGGCUCACCACAGUUCUGAUGUGUCUCCUGGUCAGGCUGGUGACAAUAUUGCAGGGUUCCAACAAGACAAACCCACACCCCUUGCCACCGAGCCCCGGGAUAGCCCUACCCAUCCUCGGCCACUUGUACCUGCUGGAGACGAACCCGCGACGCCAGUUCACGCUAUGGGGUCAAAGACACGGACCAUUACUCAGCCUGUACCUAGGAAACCGCUUGGCUGUAGUUCUGUAUGGCUUUGAUACCAUCAAAGAAGCGUUCGUGAAACAUGCAGACAUUUUCUCCGACAGGCCAAAGACAUUUGUGAUGCAGGCUCUGGGAAAAGAUAAAGGUUUUGUUACAUCCGGGCCAUCCUGGAGAGCUCAGAGAAAAGUCACGAUAUCAAUCCUGCAGGAGCUGGGCCUGGGCACGUCUGUCAUGGAGGAGAAAGUCCAGGAGGAGAUCUCCCGUUUUCUGGAUAAUAUCGACACAUUUCACGGACAGGCUUUCAACCCCAGACAGUUGACCAUGCACAGCGUCUCUAACAUCAUCUGUGCUUUGGUUUUUGGAAGUGGGUUUAGACACGACGACCCAGAGAUUGCCCGAUACACUAGUUUAUUCGGAGACCAAUUGUCCUUGUUGGAAGGCACCGUGAUCCUCAACUUUCUGCCGAUCCUCCGGAUGCUGCCUGGGGACUUGUUUGGACUCCAGAAGACUCUGAGAAUAGCUGCUCAGAUCGAGAAUGCGUUGAUUAAGAAGCAGCUGGAACUACGUAAGAAAGACAUAGAGGCUGAAGACAUCAAAGACGUGCCAGAUUUCUUAACAGGUUACAUUCGUGAAAUCCGAGCUCAUAAAGCAGCAGACGUGAAUACCUCACCCAUCAAUGAGGAGAACCUGGUUGCCGUGGUAGCAAACCUGUUUGCUGCCGGUACGGAGACGACUUCCACCACAAUUUGCUGGGCUCUGCUCUAUCUGGUGCGUCAUCCCGAGGUUACAGAUCGCUGUUUCCAGGAGAUGGUUGAGCACGUCGGGCUGGACCGUCGGCCAACUUACAAAGACAGGCAACAGCUCAAAUAUAUGGAGGCAACAGUGAUGGAAGUUCAGAGAAUAUCGAGCAUUACUCCUUUCAGCCUCCACCAUACAGCCUCCAGAGACAUCGUCUUCAGGGAUUACCUCAUCCCGAAAGGCACUAUCAUCAUGCCUAGUCUAGACUCUAUCCUCUUGUCAUCUGAGAUAUGGGGAGACCCUCUCAAUUUUAGACCUGGCAGAUUUCUUGACGCCACAGGCCAAAGUUUAGUUAAACGUGAGGAGUUUGUGCCGUUUUGCAUAGGACGACGAUCAUGUCUCGGGGAGGCUUUAGCAAAGAUGGAGCUCUUUCUUUUUCUGUCAACCAUGAUUCAGAAGUAUCACUUCAGACUUCCAGAAGGUGCACCUUUGCCGACACUUGAGGACAGAUUUGGGUUGUCCUGCACGCCUCUUCCAUACAAGCUAUGUUUUAUUCCCAGAGCACAUAUAUAG